AUGGAUCAAGAUGAUUAUCCUACAUUUCAAAAUAGAUCAGAAAAUAUUUCUGACAAUAUAUUAAAUUGCAAUUCUAUCUCUAUUAUACCUUUUGAAUCAUCAUUUCCACAUCAACUUGAAUGCUUUACAACUACUAAUCUUGAAUAUUCUAAUUCGUCAAUAUAUGCUUCUGACCCUAUUUCUGUAAUGCCUCCUGAGUUGUCAUCAUUACAUAAUCUUGAAUGCUUUACUUUGUCUUCUAGUAUUGAAUAUUCCGAUCCACUAUUACAUACUUCUGAAUACUCUACCUCUUCAUAUUAUUCUGAUCGAUCUAUUUUGUUAUUAGAUAAUCCUGAAAAUUUUACUUUACAAUUGGAUGAUUUAAAUAAUUCUGAUUCUUUUAACACUCAUACUUUACAAAAUACAAAAAAACAUGCAUCAGUUUUUGUUACAUCAUCUACCAAAAAACCAAAACCAAGAAAAAAUAAAAAUAUAAAAAAAGAAACAAAAUGUUUAGUUUCAGUUGAACGAAAUGAAAAAAUAGUGCCAUGUGGAGAAUCAUUUGCACUUAGUACUAGUACAACGUUGAGAAAAGCACAAGAAGAUAUUAAUAAAAAAAAUAAUAUUCAUACUACAAGCCAAAUGCAAUUCCUAGAACCAAUAGCCACUGUAUCAGUUACACAACGUUUAUUAUUACUAUAUGAAUCUAUACAAUUACUUACCAAAAAGUUGGUUCAAGAUGCUAAUCGGGAAAUCCGUAAAGAUGGAAAAAAACUAAAAUCCCUAUUAUUAAAUAAAAAUGAACUAUUAGGCUUUAAGGAGCUCAUUUAUUUAUUAGAACCUUUUGCUUGUGCAACAUCUUUAAUAGGAG